UAUAUUCAUAUGUAAAUGCCUGAGGUUUUGUAGAGUAGAGAACAAUGAAUAGAGUUCAGCUAGUGGCCAUAGUUUCGUUCAUGCUUUUGCUUCCAAAUACCCAAGGAUGGGGAGACGAAGGGCAUGCCAUUGUUUGUAAGAUUGCUCAGGCUCGACUCAGCACUGCAGCUGCAGAGGCUGUGAAGAAAUUGUUGCCAAAAUCUGCAAAUAACGACUUGUCUAGCAAGUGUUCUUGGGCUGAUGAUGUUAGGGUGGUCUUUCCUUGGUCUUCUCCUUUGCAUUUUGCUGAUACUCCCGACAACGUUUGCAAGUACAAGGAUAGCAGGGAUUGUGUAGAUAACAAAACUGGAACUAAGGGGCGAUGUGUUGUGGCAGCAAUUACCAAUUACACCAACCAGCUCCUAGAGUAUGACAGUGAUACUAAAUCUAAAUAUAAUCUCACUCAAUCUCUACUAUUCCUUUCACAUUUUAUGGGAGACAUCCAUCAGCCUCUUCAUUGUGGCUUUGUCUCAGACAGGGGUGGCAAUGAUGUCACUGUUCACUGGUACAAAAGAAAGCAAAAUCUUCACCAUGUUUGGGAUUCUAGCAUAAUUGAGACAGAACUUGAAAGAUUCUAUGAUGACUUGGACGACUUCGUUGAUGCCAUUCAAAAGAAUAUUACGAAAGUAUGGGCUGAUGAAGUAGAGGAAUGGGCGAACUGCAGUAACGAUGACAUACCAUGUCCAGUCAUAUAUGCAUCUGAAAGCGCCAAAGAUGCCUGCAAAUGGGCGUAUGAAGAUGCUAGUGAAGGCUCAGUACUUGAAGAUGAUUACUUCUUGUCUCGUUUCCCAAUAGUCAAUUUGCGGUUGGCACAAGGAGGAGUUCGAUUGGCUGCAACUCUCAAUCGUAUUUUUGACUCACAGUUUGCAGUGUCAAUGUAAUUUAUUUAUCGUAAGAUAGGUUAGGUCCACGAUUUCCAUGGAAUAAGAGAAUAAAGUGUCAACUAAUUUGUGGAGCAAUUUGAAUUGAACUGGAGUAGAUGUCUUUUAAGAUUUAGGUUCAAUGUUGUUGUUGUUAACCAAAAGCCGAAAAGAAAAAAAAAAUGUUGUCACUGGGAAGGGACACGUUACGAGGAACUUGACAUCAUAGGAUAUUAGAUAUUAAAGAGAUCAAUGCUUUUAUUGUAACAAAUAAAAGAGAACAGUGAUUGUGAAUUGAUUUCUCGUGCAUUCACA